AUGAAGCGCUUCAUCACCCUCUCUCUGGCGGCGUACGCCUACGCCGCGCCUGCCAUCAACACUGAGACCAUCCACGGUGAUGCUGCUCCGAUUCUGUCAUCGACAGGAGCUGUGGACAUCCCAGGCGCCUACAUCAUCAAGUUCAAGAACAAUGUCAACGGAAAGAAGGCCGCAGACCAUCACACGUGGGUGCAGUCCAUCCACUCAGACUGGGUGAAGUCCUUCCCGGAGGGCGACGAGGAGCGCAACCUCGAGCUGCGCAAGCGCGGCGUAUUGCCAGUGGCAGACUCGCUCUUCCGCGGUCUCAAGCACACCUACAACAUUGGGGAUGAGUUUCUCGGCUAUGCAGGCCAUUUCGAUGAUUCUAUCAUCGAGCUGGUCCGCCGGCAUCCGGAUGUCGAGUACAUCCACCGCGACACUGUCGUCCACACGAUGAAGUAUGAGGAGGUUGGCACUGAGAAGUGCAGCCCAGAGACGGAGAAGGGUGCCCCCUGGGGUCUGGCCCGUCUCUCCCACCGCAAGUCGCUGAACUUUGGUACCUUUAACAAGUACCUGUUCACCGAGGAGGGUGGCGAGGGUGUCGAUGCCUACGUUAUCGACACCGGUACUUCGAUCAAGCACAUUGACUUUGAGGGCCGCGCCCAUUGGGGCAAGACCAUUCCUUCUGGUGAUGAGGACGCUGAUGGCAACGGUCACGGAACUCACUGCUCUGGUACCAUCGCCGGCAAGAAGUACGGUGUUGCCAAGAAGGCCAAAGUCUACGCUGUCAAGGUUCUCCGCUCCAACGGCUCUGGCACCAUGUCGGAUGUCAUUGCUGGCGUCGAGUUUGCUGCCAAGCGCCAUCUCGACCAGGUUGCACUCGCCAAGAAGGGCAAGCGCAAGGGCUUCAAGGGUUCUGUCGCCAACAUGUCUCUGGGCGGUGGCAAGACGACGCCGCUGGACGCCGCCGUCAACGCUGCUGUCUCUGCUGGUCUGCACUUUGCUGUCGCUGCCGGUAACGACAACGCUGAUGCUUGCAACUACUCCCCUGCUGCUGCUGACAAGGCCCUCACCGUCGGUGCCUCUGCCAUUGAUGACAGCCGUGCCUACUUCUCCAACUGGGGCAAGUGCACUGAUGUCUUCGCCCCUGGCUUGAACAUCCAGUCCACCUGGAUUGGCAGCGAGACCGCCAUCAACACCAUCUCUGGUACCUCCAUGGCCUCGCCGCACAUUGCCGGUCUGCUGGCCUACUACCUGUCUCUUCAGCCUGCGGCCGAGUCCGAGUAUUCUGUUGCUCCCAUCAGCCCCGAGAAGCUCAAGUCCAACCUGCUGGCUGUGGCCACGACCGGCGCCCUCACCGACCUGCCCGCCAACACCCCCAACCUGCUUGCCUGGAACGGUGGCGGUUGCGGCAACUACUCUUCCAUCGUCGAGCGUGGCAGCUAUGAUGCCGCUGCUGACAAAAAGACCGAGGAGCCUGAGGCCGCUGAUGUUCUCGGCGCUGUCUCGGACCUCGAGAAGGCCAUUGAGCUUGACCUGAAGAUUGUCUCCGGCAAGGCCCUUGGCGGUGCCUCGGCCUUUGGCCGCAAGGCUGAGAAGUUCUCCAAGAAGAUCCACGAGCUGGUCGACGAGGAGCUGAAGGAGUUCCUCGGCGAGGCCUCUGCUUAG